AUGGACGGGCAUACAGAAGGAGACCCUCGAGCUCAGCUUUCAAGCUCCAGCGCGAUGCAGCCCCACUCAGCGAGUUCGUGUGAUCCUUGUAUAUUCCUGGGAACGUCUGCUGGCUGCCGGAGGGACGCCUGUCCCUUCUGUCACGUUCAUCUGUUCCGGAUGGAGGUGAAUCCAGAGAGGCCCGGGAAGCAGAUCCGAAUGAGGCUGAAAAGGACCUUGAACACGAUUUUGCAAUUGCGGGAGAACUCGCCAGACAGGGUCCACGAUGAGCUCCAACGAUUGGCUCGAAGGAGCGGCUUUGCGCGCAACCUGAUUACAGGUCUUUUGGAGCGUGAAGGAGACCCGGAUGAGGAGGUUCAGGGCGGCAACACCACAACUUCUCCUUCAACAGAUGGAGUGCAUCAUCAGCCAGUGCCAGGAGUCUGCAUUUUGGACGAUGGGUUUGAUUUCGACGCCUUCCUGAAGGGUGAGCCUCUGUCGCUGUAG